AUGUCUGUCGGACUGGAAAAACGAAUAGAGCUUGAAAUGAGAGGUCGACCAGCAGACCAGAUUGCAGUUCUAAACUUGGACAACUGCAAGGCAAAUAAAAUUGAAGGCUUUAACAGUAAUUUUACUAAUCUUCAAAUGUUGAGCCUUAUAAAUUCAGGUCUGCAGACUCUAGAAGGAUUCCCAAAGCUUAGUAAUCUCAAGAAGUUAGAUCUCAGUGACAACAGAAUAUCAGGAGGCUUAGAUCACUUGACUGGCUGCACUAAACUAACACAUCUAAGCUUGAGUGGAAACAAGAUUAAGAAUAUGGAUAUCCUGGAUGGUUUAAAAGAUCUUCACUGCUUGCAGUCUCUGGAUUUAUUCAAUUGUGAGGUGACUAACAUUGAUCAGUAUAGAGAGAAGGUGUUUGCUAAGCUGUCACAGAUUACCUAUCUGGAUGGAUUUGAUAGAGAUGAACAGGAAGAGGCUGAUG